AAGAGUAGCAGUUGUUCACCGUUCCUGUUGUAGCAGGAUGAAAGGGGAGGAAAACUUGGCAGUAAAGUACUUAGUACAAUAUAGGAGAAACUGCAUGCAAACAAGGUUUUGGUUGUGCCCAUGAAGUAGGUGGUUGCAGCAGUUCAAGUGAUACCUAGCUACCAGACAUUGUUUGUUGAUUCAUUACUCUUGUAUGAACCCAUUAGUUAUCAACCAGUAUAGAAAUAGAAAUUAAUUGAUGUGAAUGUGUGUCUGUACCAAAAGAACUUAUUACAUGUGGACAUCAGCUAAUUAAUAUCAUUUUAAUCACAUUAAUAUAUCUACACAUCAUUAACACAGGUGCAAUAGUGAUGUGUCACAUAUUGCUCAGGAGCACAAAGUUGUAGUUAUAAUAAGUAUAAGCUCAAUUAAGGAUGGUCUGGUGAGGGAGCUAUAAAUGCUGCAAAAUUAAUUUUAAAAUAAUAGAAAUAUGUCAAAUUACAUUUUGUUUUUAUUACUUAUAUGUGAAUAGUGUGAAAGAGUGUUAUUCAAGAGAAGAAAGAUGGGGACAAUUUGAUAUUUCUUUCCUAAAAACUGCUUUGGAAGCUAGGUUUCUCUUCUCUAGGUUAGAGAUGCUGUCUUAGAAACUGCGGUUGGGAGAUUAAACUACUUUAAGUACCAAGUUUGGUUAGUAACUAUUAUGUCUUUGUGUGUGUACACAGACAUACCAUCAGAAAUUUGCUGCGUGGGCGGAACCUUUCAUGGCCAGACACAACUUGCACUUGUGGUUCUGUUUCUAAGAGAACUGAUUCAACUUCUGAGAUGUACUGUACACACAAGACUUCUUUUAAAAUGUGAAACAUGGAGCGAGCACUUGCAUAUGGAUACGUGAAGUUUUGUCAGCAAGAGAAACCUCGGAUAGUGAAAUCAUGUCCCUACUUGACAGAAACUAAAGUGAAAAUGAUAAUGAAAAAGAAAUGGUGCCAGUUGGCGUCAGAUGCAAAGCAGGAGUUCCAAACGAAGAAAGAUGACCGGAUGACAUGCAGUCAAGGUGACAAGUUUUCAGUGUAUGACUUUACUGAUGAAUUAGAGAUGACAAGAAAACAGACAACAAGACCAAGGAUGGCAGACUCUCACGGUAGUCAUAAGGGCAAUGGUGUGAACUCCUGCGAAGUAAUCACUAUCAGUAGUGACGAGUCUGAUGAGAGCUCUAAUGGUGAGGGACUCAUGCACUCUGAAAAAAUUCAAAGUUUUCAAAGAAAUGGGGAUGGAAGUAAGGAACUGUCAGUAUUUUCCCAUACUCUUACAACCAAAUGCAGAGGAAAGAGAAAACUAAUGGGUAGAUGGUGGACUACACGACUUGGCAGCAUGAAUAAACGCAAACAGAAAGUGCAUGCAAAAGAAGAUAAGGUAGAUCCAACUGCUGCAUGGAGACAACUGUGGGAUCAUGAAUACAAAGAAGCCAACGAGAGAAAUAAGAUGACAUUGACCAAUCAAAAACCUAAUGAUGUUGCAAUGGCACAUGAAAUGAAGCAUUCUCUAUUUGAAAAGUACAAUGAAUGUUAUCAGCUUUUUUCUCCAGUAAUGCACUCAUAGAUCACAAGAAGCCCACAAAGCUUGGACACGGACGUCAUGUUCUAACUUACUGUGUGCA